AUGCGUUCUCCAUAUGCUACGCUUCAUGGCACGGGUCAUAAUUUCCGUCAUCUCCACUCCUUUGGAUGCCUAUGCUUUCCAUGGCUGCGCCCGUACACGUCAAAUAAACUUCAGCCACGUUCCAAACCUUGCAUCUUUGUAGGUUACUCUUCAUCUCAGUAUGCGUAUUUGUGCCUUGAUCCUCAAUCUCAUCGUAUUUACACAUCUCGUCAUGUCACGUUUUUUUACAAUCAUUUUCCAUUCCGCACACCGUCUCCCUCAAACAAGUUCUCUAUACAAGAAUCUGACUCAUCACAUCUUCCACUCCAUCAUGUUCUUCCUGUACCUGCACCCAUACCUUCUCAGAGCAGCGCCCCAUCUCCUCCGACCGUUCCAGUCAUAGCACCCUUGGAUUCAGUCUCUUCAUCAGCGCCACCACCCUAUGGUGACUAG